AUGACUAUUGAAUCACCUUCGGGGACUCUCUGCCCAACCGAACCAAAUUUCAGCAAAAAUGACGAAACCGAGUUAUACUCCGUAUCCUGGAAUCAGGAUUUUGGAUGCUUUUCCGCAGGCAGCAGUCAGGGUUUCCGCAUAUACAACUGCCACCCGUUUAAGGAAACAUUUAGACGUGAUUUAAAAGGCGGGAAAUUCAUGACUGUCGAGAUGCUCUACAAAAGCAAUGUCUUAGCACUUGUCGGAGCCAAAGACAAUGCUCAGUUCUCUCCAAACAACGUCAUAAUCUGGGACGAUCACCAGAGCAGGUGCAUAAGCGAGUUCUCGUUUAGAUCUGAGGUCCGUGGGGUUAAGCUGAGGCGAGACCGUGUUGUUAUCGUUCUUGAGCACAGGUUGUAUGUGUAUGAUUUUGUGGAUUUAAGGCUCAUUAGUCAGAUAGAUACAGUGGCGAAUCCAAGGGGCUUGUGUUCGCUCUCAAACGACUUGAGCGCUUGUGUGCUGGCGUGCCCAGGCCUGAAAUACGGGCAGGUUCGGGUAGAGCAUUUCGGGCUGAAUCUGACGAAAUUGAUUAGAGCACAUGAUUCUAAGAUUGCUUUCUUGACGUUGACGGCUGAUGGGCUGCUUCUCGCGACUGCUAGCGUGAGAGGGACUCUGAUAAGGAUUUUCAACACGAUGGAUGGUACUCUGUUGCAAGAGGUGCGCAGAGGGUUAGAUACCGCAGAUAUAUACAGCAUUGCUCUGUCUUCAGACGUUCGCUUUUUGGCCGUGUCGAGCGACAAAGGCACGGUUCAUGUAUUUAGUCUCAGAGUGAGGGUGCUUGGUGAGGACACAUCAGCUGAUUCAGAACUUAAUCAGAACUUAUCAGACUCUCUCGACUCUUUGAUUUCUCAAAGCAAUGGUGCCAAUCCUGGUUCAUCAUUAUCUUUCAUGAAAGGAGUCUUGCCUAAUUAUUUCAGUUCAGAAUGGUCUUUUGCUCGGUUUCACCUGCCGGAAUGUAGGACACGUUUUAUUUUGGCUUUUGGGUCUCAUAACACCAUCUGUAUAGUGGGCAUGGAUGGGAGUUUCUACCGGUGCAGUUUUGACCCAGUGAACGGAGGAGACAUGGUGCAGCAAGAGCGUGUAGACUUUCUUAAAACAGAAACUCGACAUAUAUAG